UCGAACCGUCGCGAUCUUUUUGGACGAUUGCCUGGUUCACCACCAUGCUGCCGUCGUUCAAGCUGCAUAUGCACCAUGCCAUCUUGGAUCGUCUGGCCAAGGUGGGCAAGUAUGACGGCACACAUCCGUCGUUGACGUGUGGCACGUCGAGUGGCAAAGUGUUCCUCCACAACCCCCACGACAAGAACGAAGACGACGCCGCGCAAGCCGUGCGCUUCCUCAACAUCAAUCGAGACGUGUCGGCGCUGUGCGUGGGCAAAUUUCGCGAUCAGGACGCCGGCGACACGCUCAUCGUGGGCACCCAUGCCAACAUCCUCGGGUACAACGUCGAGAAGAACUCGGACGCGUUCUACAAGGACGUCCCGGACGGCGUCAACACGAUGCUGUUUGGGACGCUGCCCAACAUCCCGUCGAGGAUGGUCAUGGUUGGCGGCAACUGUUCCAUUCAGGGAUUCGAUCGCGAAGGCAACGAAACGUUUUGGACGGUCACGGGGGAUAACGUGACAGCGCUGGCUCUUUGUGACGUCUCCGGUCGUGGCAACGAGGAGCUCGUGGUCGGCUCGGACGACUACGAAAUCCGAGCAUUCCAAGCUGAAGACGUCGUGUGCGAAUGCAGCGAAACGGGGAGGAUCGUCGACUUGACGUCCAUUCAAAGGCACUUGUUUGGGUACGCGCUGGACAACGGCACCGUCGGCGUGUACAAGAACAGCCACCGCGUGUGGCGCGUCAAGUCCAAGAACAUCCCGACGUCCAUCACCGCGUUCGACAUCAACGGCGACGGCGAGCUCGAGAUUGUGAUCGGGUGGAACAAUGGCAAGGUGGAGGCGCGAAGCAUUGCGAAUGGCGCGGCCGUGUAUCGCGAUCACUUUGCGUCGCCCAUCGCGGCCGUGCUCACGUCGGACUAUCGCUUGAGAGGCAACGCCGAAGUCCUUUGCUGUGCCACGGAUGGCGAAGUUCGGGGGUAUUUGUUUGAAGGCAAUGCGCCCGAUGGAACAUCCAAAGAUGGAGGCGGCGCGGCCACGUCGCUGCUCGCGGACGAGAUCUCGGCCGAAGAGAAGGAGGUCCAGGCACUGAUCAAGGCCAAGGCGGGGCUUGUGGGCCAGCUCAAAGCGUACGAAAACGCUAGUUUGAAAACCACCAAAGGCACCAACGUGCGCGUCGCCACCACUACCAAGAUUGCGAUUACGGCGUCGACGACCAUCUCGCAUGAAAACGUCGAGCUCACCGUGUCCACGGAAAACGAGAGUGUGAUCAAGAUGAUUGUUAUCUUUGACUACGACGCCGGCAUUUUCGACGGCGAGUCGCUCGUGAUUCGACCCGCGACACCAGCCCCCAAAGCGACGGUGCAGCUGCCCACGCUCAAGAAGAACGUCGCCGCGACAUUGCACUUUCGCGUGCUGGUGGGCAAUCGCGGCAACGGCAACGUGUUCCACGUGUUCGAAGAAACGUUUGCACUGCCCAAAUUCGCCGACUUUUUCCCGCUCAAAGCGGCGCCGCCGGUCCGGCCAUCGGGGUGCGUCAAGUUUAAAAGACCGAUUCGCAUGCAACAAUUUACAGCGUGGGUCAAGGCGUCGUUUUUGCAAACGGACGUCCUGCGCGUGUCUGAAACGGACGUGGACUUGUACUUUAAAAAUGUCGGCGACAAUUCGUUGCUGUCGAUUUCCACGACGGCCACCGACAUGGAAAUCCGAGUCGAAGACAUGUCUGUGGCUGCUGAAAUGAUUCAAGACAUGUGUCGGGCACUGCAAAUUGACGACCUCGAGUCUGUGGCCGAAUUCCCAGAGCAAUUGGCCGACUUUCGAGAACUACUUGUGCGGGUGGACGACUACAACAGCAUUCGCCUUAAGUUGACCGGAGAUAUGGCCGACGAUUCGAAUCAGCUCAAACACUUGGUCAUUCGUGCCGAAGACGCACGCAUCCUCCACGACAUGGCGAGUAUGCGGUCAUAUUACGCCGAGCUGUUCACGUUAAACAACCAGCUCUUGGGCGAGUACACCAAGCGCGCGACCAACCACCAGGCGCUGCUGGAUGCGCUCAAGGAUGUGAACGGCAUGAUCCAACUGGCGGCCCGUCUGCGCCAUGGCCAGCCCAAGUCGGCGGUCAUUCUGGCCUGCCGCAAGGCCAUCAAAGCCAACAACAUCCACGCGCUGUUUUACAUUGUCAAGACCGGUCGGGAAGAGUCGAGAUAAGGUUCUCUACCUCUCGAGUUUGCACAUUCAAAUAGCCACAUCACAUGUAUCAGAAAAUACAAACGCUAGCUUUGUGUACCGAUAACUAGUACUUCGCGGCGGCUGUGGUUGUUGCCAU